AUGGCGAACACGGCUGCCGUAUCGCUCCCCAUUCUUACACGCGAUGACUCCGCUAUACCUUCUUCAUCUCCUGCCAAGUCAGAAACAAAAAUGUCCACACUACCACGCGUCCGCCUCCCCGCCGGCGCACCGACACCAUACCUCCUUCCCUCACACAUGGGCGAACACAUAACAAUUCCUGGCACAAAAGCAGUCUUCCGAAUUAUGUGCUCGGCAGCCGAAACCGACGGCACCAUGAGUGUCUUCGGCCAAGACGGCGUCCUAGCCGACCCUCCAGGUUUCCACUACCAUAAUCAUGCCCACGACGUAUUCAUGUGCACAAAAGGCCGGUUGAAGAUCUGGGCUGGAGAUAAAUGUCGGAUUCUCUACCCAGGUGAUUUCGCGUACGUUCCACCGGGCGUGGUGCACCAACCACAAUUACUAGACCAAGGUCCAAAUGAAUCAAUGGGUCUGGUAACGCCGGGAGAUUGGGUUGACUUCUUCCGUUUCGUAGGAGAGGAUUACCAAGGCGUACUAUGCGAUGAGUUCGACAAUAGGAAUACGGGAGCAGUAUUUGGACCCAAGAUACGUGAGAUCAAAGAACGGUUCGAUGUUGUCUUCCAACCUCAGUUCCAGGGUGCGGAGGUGGCAGAUUUCGAGGAAGGAGAGUGUGUCCUGCCCGAGGAUCAGGAAGCGUAUUUCCUGAAAGCGAAUACUGGGCCAUGCUUCUUGCUUGAGGGAGUUCUGUCCAGACCGUUCAUUACUAUGAAGCAGAGUAAGGGACCUUCGGGUAACUUUGCUAUCACUAGUAUUGAGUCUGGGAGUGAGUUGGAGAACUCAGUGCUGAGCAAGGGGUUUAUGUUCGAGAAGGUACACCAGGUGUAUCAUGUCCUAGAUGGUGCGAUAUCGCUUACGGUGAAUGGCGAGGCAGGACAUUUGGUCAGGGCGGGCGAGACGGCAUUUAUACCAGCAGGCACAGAGGUGGCAGUCGAGUUUGUGGAUAGGUAUGUGAGGUUCUGGUCAUAUGCCAGUGGAGAUGGACUAGAGACAUUGAUUGCAGAGGCCGGAGGCGCUUUCGAGGGAAAGAUGGUGCCUGAUGAGAUAAGAAAUGUGGAUGCGGAUAAGGUCCGCGAGGCCGCAAAGCAGUUGAACAUCAAGGUCAGCAUAUAG